AUGGAGACACAGGCGGACCCACAGCAGCGCGCGCGGCAGCUGGCCCUUGCGGUGCGCAGCCAGAUGGUUCUGACUGGGGAAGACGAGGAGGUGCUGUGGUGGCUGCUGCACCGCCACGCCGCCCCCGCCGCCGCCGCCGCCGCCGCAGCGGCCGACGAGCAGGGCGACGGCGGCGCGGGCAGCUCGGGCGGGGAGCCGGGCGCCGAGCCCUGCCUCAAUUACGACGAUUUCACGCAGGCACGCCUGCCGGCCAUUCCAGUGGCAGCCGAGUGCCGGGAGGCCAUGGGUCCCAGCGCAGACGUCUACUUCCAGGCCUCCACCUUCCUCAGGCUGGCGCGCGAUGCGGGCGGCUGCGUGCCAGCGGCCGCCAUCUUCCGGUACUGUGCGGCGCGCUCUGCACAAAUACAGCUGCGGCUGGAGCUUGGCGUGUUGGACGGCGCCUGCAGCGGUGCUCUGUCGCCUCACCAGCUGCGCGGCUGGCUGGCUCGCCGGGCCCCGCUGACCGCGUGCAGCGAGGCGCUGGUGGCGGAGGGCGACUGGUGCGAGGCGGUGGCGGGGCGCCUGCUGCUGCUGCAUGCGCGGCGCGGCAGGCUGCUGAUCCGUGACCUGGUGGGCAGCCCCGAAGUACAUGAGCUGGUCAUGGCGCUGCACGCCCUGGAGGCGGCAGAUGCGGCGGCGGCUGCGGCGGCGGCGGCGGCGGCUGCGGCACCAGCCGGGGUUGAUGGCGGGCCAGGUGGAGGCGGCCAGCAGGGUGGAGCAGCCGGGGCAGCCUCGGCGGCGGCCCUGGCGGCCGCGGCCAUCCAGCAGCAGCAGGGCUGGUUCUCUCCGGGCGCGGCGGCGGCGCUGCGCCUGCGCUUUGCUGAGCUGGACGUCGACGCGGAUGGGCUGCUGAGUCAGCGAGACUUCAGCCAGGGUACCAUGACCCAGCUGGCCAUCCAGCGCCUGUUUGCCCACCACUGCCGCGGCGGCGCCAUGGACUGGCCAGCCUUCUGCACCUUCUGCGCCGCCUGGGAGCAGCGCCACCACCCCGCCGCCAUCCGCUACUUCUUCCCGCUGCUGGACCUGCGGGGCGGCGGCUGCCUGGGCCAGGGCGACCUCUACACCUUCUUCCGGGAGGUGCACGCGCUGUGGGUGGCACUGGGGCAGUAUGCAGAGCUGCGUGUGGAGGAUGUGCUGGCAGAGGUGAACGACCUGCUGCAGGCGCCAGACCCAGACAGGAUCACGGCGGCAGACCUGCAGCGGUGCGGCGCCGCGGGCACCAUCAUCGGCCUGCUGCUGGACGUGAACCUGUUCUGGGAGUAUGAGAACCGAGAGGCGCUGCUCCAACAGCAGCAGCAGCAGCAGCAGCAGCAGCAGGCGCAGGUGCAGACGCCGUAG